AGUCAGGCCUGGGGGUGGGGUGGGGAGUGGGAGAUCGCUUCGGGGGCUCUGGAGACCUCCCCCGCCCCCGUUAGGCCUCCAUCCUGACGGAAGCGGAGGGAGCUCCCUGCUGCUUUGACGCGGGGGUGGUUUAUUGGUGGCCCGCGGGGCUAGGGAACGCAGAGGUCCCUGCGGCGGCCGCGGCGGCGCUGCGGGAGGCGCCCCCGGCCCAGGCUACCUGGGAAGAUGGUCCAUCACUCCCCUUUUCCCCUCGCUCUAAACACUAGGGGAGAACUCCCUCCCCGCCCUCCGGGCCGCCCCGUCGUCGGCAGCGCCCGCCCCCAGGGGUGGGGCCUGUGGGCUGUCACAGGCCCCGCUGCGGGGCGCUAGGCCUCAUCUUGCCCCGAGUGUCUGCAGGAGCCGCUCACCCGCUUGAGGGGCGGUCUGGCGAACUGCGGGAGGUCCCGUCGCUUCCCCCGUCCUUUCCUGGGGCGACCCAGGCUCCGAGUCCCUAGAAAACUUUACAAAAGAAGAGAAAAGUUAUCCCCACUCGCUCAGUAGCUUACGCCUUUCCUCCCAUCACCCCGCGUCUCCAACUCCAACUGGUAAUUCCUGGUUUUUGUUAUGCUGCUGCUCUCGCCCGAAAGGAGUGGAAGUUUUAUCCCUCGUUGAUUGAGCAUGCGUGAAUAUCCGGGAAGGUAUAGGCGGGGCUUUUAAAUAGGCCUUGUGGAUCUAGGGGUAGGGGGACAAGCUUUCCAAGCUUGCGAGUGUGUGCGGUUCAUUUCCUGUUGCCAACCUACGACCUGCCCUUGGGUCUUACCAUUUAUUCUUCUGUUCAAAUUUGUGUAAAGUUGAACAUGACUUCUUCCUUGGAUGAUGUUUGCUGUCUACAGCAGAAGUUUUAAGUCUGUCAACUGAUUCAUGACAUCUUUUAUCCAAGAAAGCCUCAUGGAACUAGGUCUUCAGUCUGUUGAGCCUUUAUGAAUAAAAAUUUCACAGCACAAAAUUAUUUCUAAUUCUAUAUGUAGUUCAAGUACAAUGAUGCUAUAGACGGCAACAAACUGGGGAAAAAAAAGGAUUUACUACUGAAAGAUGAAUAGUGAAGAAGAAUUCUUUGAUGCCGUUACAGCUUCCAGUUUCUUCAUGGAGAAAUCACUUAAGAUGGAGAAUGGUUGCAGAGCAAUGCCUGAAUGUAAUGGCUUUGAUUCUGACAAUUCAUCUGGGGAGUUUUCAGAGGCAAAUCAGAAAGUCACAGGAAUGAUUGACUUGGACACUAACAAAAGCAAUAAGACUGGAAAAAAUGGAGAGAGGUCUCCACAAGAGAAUGGAAUCAAGAAACACAGGACAUCAUUGCCUGCUCCAAUGUUUACUAGAAGUGAUUUCAGUGUGUGGAGUAUAUUAAAAAAAUGCAUUGGCUUGGAAUUGUCGAAAAUCACAAUGCCUAUUGUCUUCAAUGAGCCAUUGAGUUUCCUCCAGCGAAUUACUGAAUACAUGGAACAUAUAUACCUCAUUCACAAAGCUUCUUUUCAAACACAACCCUUGGAAAGAAUGAAGGCUGUAGCUGCUUUUGCAGUUUCGGCUGUGGCUUCUCAGUGGGAGAGGACUGGUAAACCAUUUAAUCCACUACUGGGGGAAACAUAUGAAUUAAUCAGGGAUGAUUUAGGAUUCAGAUUUAUAUCUGAACAGGUCAGUCACCAUCCUCCCAUUAGUGCAUUUUAUUCAGAAGGUCUCAAUCAGGAUUUUAUCUUUCAUGGCUCAAUCUACCCCAAAUUGAAGUUCUGGGGGAAAAGUGUAGAAGCAGAGCCCCGAGGAACAAUUACACUGGAGCUUCUCAAACAUAACGAAGCCUACACUUGGACAAAUCCUACCUGUUGUGUACAUAAUAUAAUUAUUGGCAAAUUGUGGAUAGAACAGUAUGGAACAGUUGAAAUUUUAAAUCACAGAACUGGAGAUAAGUGUGUACUUAACUUUAAAUCAUGUGGGCUGUUUGGGAAAGAACUCCACAAAAUAGAAGGAUACAUUCAGGACAAAAGCAAAAAGAAGCUCUUUAUGAUAUAUGGCAAGUGGACGGAAUGUUUAUGGGGCAUAGAUCCUGUUUCCUAUGAAUCCUACAAAAAGCAUGAAAGAAAAGGAGACCUCCAGAAAAAAGCAAAACCGGAAAAUGAGACUGAAAAAUCUGAGAGUGAUGUGGUUGAUAAUGUGCCUGAGAGCCAAGAUACAGUGCAAGUCAUACCUGGCAGCGAGCUCCUCUGGAGGAUAAACACAAGGCCUCCAAAUUCUUCUCAGAUGUAUAAUUUUACCAGUUUUACUGUGAGCCUCAAUGAACUAGAAAAGGACAUGGAAAAGAUCUUAGCUCCUACAGAUUGCCGCCUUCGUCCAGAUAUCAGAGGCAUGGAAAAUGGCAACCUGGAUUUAGCCAGUCAGGAGAAAGAAAGACUAGAAGAAAAGCAAAGAGAAGCCCGGAAGGAGCGUGCCAAAAAUGAUAAAGAAUGGCAUACAAGGUGGUUUUAUCAAGGCAUUAAUCCAUAUACUGAGACUUCUGACUGGUUAUAUUCGGGUGGAUACUUUGACAGAAAUUUCUCAGACUGCCCAGAUAUAUACUGAACCAUUGGAACCAAUUCUUCAGGACAUGGGGACAUGAAGAAGUCACAUCCCACUUCAAGCCAGCUCCUCUGGUUAAUAGCAGAAACCAGCUUUUAUAACAGCAAUUUUAAUGGAAAUAGCAUCAUUCACUGAUCAAGGAUUUAAUUCUUAUUAAUUUUUUGAUUGCCAAAAAUUUAAUUGCUAUUGUGUUCUCUUCAUAAAGCUGCACUUGAAAUCAUCAAGUUUUCACUAAGUUUUAAAAAGGAAAAUUCUUUGUGAUUCCCUUUUAUGUGACAGAAGUUGACUGUGGCUGGUUUAGUUUACAAGCACCCUCUUAACUCUGUAACAGAAUUUAAAGAAGUAACAGGAAGACGGUGUUUCUACUUAUAGUGAUACAAAAAAGGGUUUCUUCACGUAUUCAGAAGUUGAACCAGGGAUAAUAAAUAAGUAUGAAAGGAGAAGAGAUGGCUCUUGGAAACUAUCCCCAGAGGUAUAAAGGACUGAAGUAAAGAACUACUCAUAAAAUAAUGGUGAUCCAGAGGCGAAUAUAUACCACACACGGAAUGUCAGACUGAAUUGAAUAAAAAGCUGCCAAAUCACAUGUUUUGUCAUUUGGGGGUACUGUGAGCAUUACUUAACAAAUACUAAUGACAAAACAACUAAAUUAGCAUUUUGGUCACAAGCAAGGUAUGCAUUAAUCCACAUUUAUGUACUAUCCAAAGGAAAACAUUAUCAUUACAACAUAGAAUGAUUAAGAAUGUUGACAGAAACAUGGAAGAAAAACACCCAAAGCUGCUUUUGGCUGUGUAUGAAAAAGUCAAGCCUUUAGACUUUGGUACUAUUUAUAUUCUACACUGACUUUUCAUUCUGGAAAAGCAUUUGCCUAUAAUGUCUAGUCAGUUUGGAAAGCGCUUUGUAUGUGUUCAUAGAAUCAUUGUGGUUUUUUCCCCUUAAUAUGCAUGUUCUAAAACAUUACAGAAUCACAUCUGAUUGUUUGAGGGCAGGGGGGUAGGGGAGGGCAGAAUUUACCUAAAAUGGUGUAACUAGAAUUAUUUAAGAAAUAAUAGGCAUAUAUGGUCAUCAAAAUGACUUAUUUUUCUUUGUGUAGAAAUGUCAAAGCCAUAUAAUGUCAGAGCUAUUUGAAUUGCAGAUCAAUUUAUUGUAUAUAUAUAUACAUAUAUACAUAAUAUUAUUGAGUUAGGUUACAAAGUCGUACAUUUCUGAAGAAAAGGGAUUAUAGUUUUGUGUUUGGCUUGAAUAUUAUGUUUGCAAUUAAAACACUUUUUAAAGCCAAGACUUGUUUCGAAAGCUUUUAAUUUGGUAACCAUUAGAAACUGGAAAGCAGCUGUGUUAUUGCUAAAUCUAUAGUCAUUCAAAGAUGGCUGCCAUUCCCUAUACCAACAACUUUACAUAUUUUAAAAAUGAACUUGAAGAUUGAUUUCUAAAUGCAUUUGGGGAUUCAUGUGCAUGAUAUUUUUUACAAAGUAGAUUUUGAAGUAUCUGCCAAUGCAAAAUAUAGUAAAGAAGGCAGCGGGGAUAUUUUGUGUGUGUGUGUGUGUGUGUGUGUGUGUGUGUGUGUGUGUGCAUGCAUGUGUGUGUGUGUGUGUAAAGCCAGGCACUUCAGGUGAGGAAAGCUAUAGUCAUGGUGGGGUCUUUGUCUAAGUAUGCAGGUAAGUUAUAAAAAUCAAAGACAAGUAAGGGUAUGUCCCCAAAGUACAUUCAUAUUCACUGUAUUUUGGGGGCAGUGAACAACAUUUUGUUUAUCUUGCUAUUUUGAAUUGAGAGGCAGCAUGGCAAAAAAGCUAGCAUGGAAGCCCCAAAGCCCUGGUUUCCAGUCCUGCCUCUGAAACAUACUGGGUGUGACUGGGCAGGUCAUUUAACCUCUCAGUGCUAUAGGCAACUCUAAAACUAUAAGUUACAGAGAAGAUGCAUCCUGCAUUGGUAAAGGGAGUUUCCUUGUCUGGGAGUUCGCCAUAUCAGUAAAAAUCACAGGUCCAAUAGAGUCCUUAUCCCAGUCCCUAUCCCUAACAAAAAUGGGUUCAUUUUAUUGUUAAGUAGUCAAUCUUGUAAUAAAUAAUUUGGCAUUUGGAGGGCUUGCAGAGGCAUAAUUAAGAUAAUGUAACCUUGCUAAAAGACACUGGUUCCUAUGUACUUUCUUUUAAAAGAAAAAGGAAGUUAGUAGCAAAGGACAUUAAUAAUGUUUCAAUCACUAUUUUAUAUUUCUUGUUCUGCUUCUUUUUUCACAUCCAUGCCUAUAAAAUGCUUAACAUGUGAAAGUAGUGACACCUAACCUUUAUCAUCAUUCUAGUAAAACAUUAGGAUAAAGUGAAAUGUUCUUUAUUAGAAUUUUAAUGAUAAAAGUUCUUUUAAAGUAUGAUCAUACUUUCUAAUGAUAUGAUUUUUGGCUGAUGCAGAAAUUAUAUAUUUGUAUUUUGAAUAGCAUAGUCUACUAUGCUACGUAUAGUCUACUAUACGUAGCAUAGUCUACUAUGUUUAGUAGACAUUUAAAAAUCCCCCAAAUUUCAUAAUUUUGCAAAAUAAUGUUUUCAUGAUUAGGUCAGAACAACUGCAUUAUGUACCUUAAAAUAUCUACAUCCCUUACCCCUAACUGAGCCUAGUCUUUUUUUGGUCAUUUUUCCUGAUUGAUACUAAAAUUCAGGCCACGUUGUUUUUCUCAAGGUUUUGUAUAAAUGGCAAAUUAAUUUUGUCGAGCCAUUCAAUGUUUCAUAGAUUUAAUCAAAAGCUGUCUAAUGUCCAGGAAGACUGGACAAAUUUUUCUUUUGUUUUAUUUGACUUUAAUACUGUUUACAUUAUAGUGGCCAACACAGUAUUUAUAUGGGGUAGCCUGGGGAUACCUUCCUAAGUGAAAGACUGCUUUCUAAGGAACUAAAGGCAAGGACACAGUGAGGUCCUUAAGGAUAAGCAUCACUUUUACCCUGGGAGUACUUGCCUCAGUUCAGGUGGAUAAAGUGAUGGAGAGACCAGGGAAGUUUGUGCUCCGCAUCACCACCUUGCCUCUAAGGCUGCCACAGAAACCAAGACACCUCCAAAAUACUUCAUACCUCUAUAAAAGGCUUGUAAGUGAAACAGUGUGAUUUUGGGAAGGAGUGCCAAAAUAUGCUUUAUGGUUCUUGAGACCUUAAACAUAGAUCGAUUAUGUAAUCUGUGUUACGGUUUCCUGACACAGAGAAAUAGAAAAAAAAACAAAACAAAAACAAUAGAUGGCACCAAGGAUUCCUUUAGUUGUUUGCAUUUGGCAGGAAUAUUUGGAAGAUGAACUUCCCUUUUCCCUUGUUCAUAAUUUUCUCUUUGCAUGUUCAAACUCAUAAUUCUUCCAGAAAUAGCCCAUCUGAUAUAGUGAAAAUGAAUUCCAAAUGUCAGGUUGGCGUUAGUGAAGAAUGUAGUAGGGAAAAGCAUUCUGGGAAGCCUCUGGUUCACCAUUAUGCCCCUUAAGAGCAUUCAACAAAUGUCUGAUAGUGUUGUUAUGUGACAGUUGUUGGGACAACCUUUCUAUUACCCGCAAGGAAAGCUAUUGAGCCCUGGUGAAUGGAAUGCUUGCCAUGCCAAGUUGCUGUGUUUUAGUGCCUACUAGUUCUAAGUAAUGAAAUGUGAAACAGAAUAAAAUCAAUGGAAAAAAAAAGACCUGCUUAAACUUUUUUGUAAAAUGUCUUGCAGAAACAAUUUAAGAGGUAUAGUGGAAAGAACCCCAGAAUUAGAGUCAGAAGAUGUAGGUUUAAAUCCUGCUUCUGCCACUAACUUGCUUUGUGACCUUGGGGAAGUCACUUGCCCUUUCUGGGCCUCCCUUUCCCUGCCUAAAGUCCCUUCUAGCUCUAAAUCUUAUGAUCCCAGAAUUUUUGAGUCUUCUCUCUUUGGGAAAGGACUUGAAAUGAAGGACAUGUUUAAGUCACUUAGAAGUUUCAAAUCAGUAAAAGCUUUCCAGGGUUAAAAAUAUCCUUGUUACUUCUAAUCUUGGGUGCUAAGUUUUCUAUCUUAGGAUUUAAAAAAUGUAUGUGAAGCAAUGUGUCAAUAAAAAAGAGAAAGAGUCAUCAAUGGAAAAAUCUUUGGAAAAUCUUGAUUUUCUUAUGCUUCAACAUUUGGAUUUUCUUUUAAAGAGCUCUUUUCUAUAACCUGAGUGGUUACAAAGGACUUUGGAUCACCAGUUUAUAGCUUGCUGGUAGUUGACACGUGAUAACAUGGUUUGUAAUUAUAGGCACAGCACACUAACUCACUCUUUUCUAACAUUUCCUAAAUUUAUUCUGUUUUUGUCAUUUUCCACGUACUUACUAUCUUUUUUUUUCCAACAUGAAAGCACCGCUCCUUUUUCAUCCCUUGGCAUGAAGACUAAAGAACAGUACAUAAUUUGGUAAAUUGUUACUUCGCCUCUUUUGAAAAAAAAGUAAAACCACGUAUCUGGGGGCAAUGGUAUACUUGAGCAAUACUUAAUUCUCUGUAAAGUGAGUGGAUAGAACACAGACAAUUGAUUUGGGUAUGUUUUUAUAGCAUGUGGAAAAAAAAUAUGCUUUCGCUUCUACCCAGAAUGCCAGCACACAUCCUGAGUUAAACUCUUAUGGAGCCGCUUUUUUUGCCUUACAUAAUUGCUGUGCUUGGUUGAUUCUUUCAAACACUGUGUUCAUUUUAUCAAUGUUGCAUGAAAAUGUCAGACUAUGAAAAAUGCUUUAGUGAAAUGGAUUUAUUUUUAUAAUAUUUAAUAACUGUCAAUACCCAUCUAUAUUAACAAAAUCAGUCAUACUUAAGCUUUUUGGAGGAGUAUGUACAGGUUUGUGGAGAUGAAUGUUAAAACCAUAGAUCUGAAUAAACGUCCUUUUGAAGAA